UAUUUUGACAGAUCAAUUAUGAUUUUUCACGAUGGAAUGUCCAAAGUCAGCUGACCAAGGAGGCGAAAUGGCACCAAAAAACGAAAAUAAUCCAAGUCCCAACAAAUCUUAUGAAUCCAAAAAUGAGAUUGAAAAUGUUGUCGAAUCCGACUUAGCUGAGUUCGAGUCGGUUAAUGACAGCCUUGAUGAACUGAGCACAGCUCUAGAUUUCAUGGAACAGCGAACUGACAACAUAAUGGCCCAACUAAAGGAACUUUUGCACUCUAAUCGGGAAAUCCGACAGUCCUUGGCUGUGGCAAAUACCACUGGAACUGGUGUCCAGCCUUCCCAGAGCGAAUGAAAAUAAAACCAAGAUUAAUGCGUUUUUUCUUGUUAUUUAAAUGUGUACUUUAACAAAACAGUAUUUUUGUGUUUAACUAUUGAGUAUAUUUUUGGUUGAAAUUGAAAACAAUUUCCUGUUAAUGUU